UUUGCAAGCGUCGCGCGAUUGUUUGAGAAACGCUCUAGUUGAGCCAGUGUUUUUAACACGGUAGUACGAGUGUAUUUUCAUUACAAUUUAAAACCAAAACGCCGGUAUGGGUGAUUAUCAAGUAACAGGAGUUCAACAGGAUGUACUCGGUGCUGUGCAGCUAGAACUCGGAGGAAAUCCUAAUACCUUGGCGUUACGCCGGCCUUUCGACCCUUUGGCCCAUGACUUGGAGGCCAGUUUUAGAUUGACGCGGUUUGCGGAUUUGAAAGGCCGCGGAUGCAAGGUGCCCCAAGAGGUUCUCAACAAGCUAGUAGAGGGACUCCAACAGGACUACAACUCUGCAGCAGAGCACGAACAUGCACAUUUCAUGCAUAUGGCCAUUCCGAGGAUCGGAAUCGGCCUUGAUUGUUCGGUCACCCCCCUACGCCACGGCGGGCUGUGCCUGGUGCAGACCACGGAUUUCUUCUACCCUCUUGUGGACGACCCUUACAUGAUGGGAAAGAUAGCUUGUGCCAACGUCCUGAGUGACUUGUACGCUAUGGGCGUGACGGAAUGCGAUAAUAUGCUGAUGCUGUUGGGGGUCAGCACAAAAAUGACUGAGAAGGAACGGGACGUGGUCAUUCCUCUGAUCAUGCGUGGAUUCAAAGACUCUGCCCUAGAAGCGGGCACAACCGUGACUGGCGGUCAGACCGUAGUUAACCCCUGGUGCACAAUAGGGGGUGUCGCCACGACGGUUUGUCAGCCAAACGAAUAUAUCGUUCCCGAUAAUGCCGUUGUCGGAGAUGUGCUCGUUCUAACCAAACCGUUGGGUACCCAGGUAGCGGUAAACGCACACCAAUGGCUGGACCAGCCGGAGCGCUGGAACAGAAUCAAGCUGGUCGUCAGCGAGGAGGACGUCAGGAAAGCCUAUCACCGCGCCAUGGACUCUAUGGCGAGAUUGAACCGCAUCGCCAGCAGGCUAAUGCAUAAAUACAACGCCCACGGCGCCACCGACAUAACCGGCUUCGGUCUGCUCGGCCACGCCCAGACCCUCGCCUCCCACCAGAAGAACGAGGUGUCGUUCGUCAUCCACAACCUGCCCGUCAUCGCUAAGAUGGCGGCGGUGGCCAAAGCCUGCGGGAACAUGUUCCAGCUCCUGCAGGGCCACUCGGCGGAGACGUCCGGCGGGCUCCUGAUCUGCCUGCCCCGCGAACAGGCGGCAGCCUACUGCAAGGAUAUCGAGAAGCAGGAGGGGUACCAGGCGUGGAUCAUCGGCAUCGUGGAGAAAGGCAACAGAACGGCGCGCAUCAUCGACAAGCCCCGAGUGAUCGAGGUGCCCGCUAAAGAGUAAAUAUUUAAUAUAAUCGAUACAUUUCAAAGUAUUUUUUUUUUGACAUGUGACUGGCCGUAAAGCUGCGUCGCGUGGUUUCCCACAGCUUGUAGAUUUAUUAUUUUGAUUAUUUUCAAGCAUUUUUUUUUAUCCUAAGCUUAAGUUUCUGUGUCGAAAUUUUAUAGAUUUGGAUAUAGAGGUGCCCCUCACGCCGCAUGACGGCGCGUGUGAGGUUCUCGUUUAGUAUGUUAAUGUUGAUACUUUUUAAAUUACUUGGAAACUGUGUUUCGAUAUACUCUGUUUCGCAGAUUAUAUUAUUUUUAAUAUAGGAAAGAUGUUCGGUAUUUUGUAUAAUAAUUUUUCCAAUAUAACAUAAUUAUUCUA